GAGGUUGUCGAGAGUGAGCAGACUAAAGAGGGAGCAGCAAUAGGAAGUGUGGGUAAAGCUUGGAUCAAUAUCCAACAAUUCAUUGCUUUCACCUUCACUGUUGUAAUGGCUGGAAUCAUCUUUUGUGAAGCAACAGAGCUCUAUAAUUUGCUGAAUCAAUACACAAGGUACUCCAGACUGACAGAGCCCAUUUACCUCUAUUUAGUUGAUGUACGGACCAAAUCUCAAUAUGAUGAAAGUCACGUGAUCACAGCCAAAAGGGCAAGAAGGGAUGCGGAUGGAAAUUAUUUGCUCCCACAGGAUAUAGAGCUUGAGUGUGUAAAGUAUUGCGUAGUAUAUGAUGGGCACACAAAAUCAUCUGAUGAAGAAGGUCCAGCUAUUCAAUAUGCAACACUUCUGGAAGUUGUCAGUCUGCAACCUAUCAGGGUCCUGAAUGGUGGGUAUGAAUUCUUCUCUGCCUGCUAUCCAUUCUUCAGGACACAGAAAUUAUUUUACGUACCGCAGGAGCUGGAUGCCUUUGAACCCUAUCCAGUAGAGAUUUUACCAGCCAAGCUUUACAUGGGUGAUUUCAAACAAGCCUCCAACAAGCAAGUUGAGAAAAAUCUGAAAAUCAAAGCUUACCUCAACCUCUGUCAUGCAAAAGAGAUAAUCAUCACAGAAGAGAACAUUACUGCAGUUUUACAUAUUCCUUCGUCAGAAGAAACUAACUUUUUGUCCCAUUUCCGAAUGACCUGUGGCUUUCUUGAUGAGCAAUUGGAUAAAGGCACGGUGCUGGUGUUCUCCACUCUGGGUAUAAGCCGUUGCUGCACUAUAGUGAUGGCCUACCUCAUCCAUUCUCAGAAAAUUUCACUAAAGGAUUCCUGGGCACACGUUCAGAAGUGCAAAGCAACCAUUCGGCCACAUCGUGAUUUUGUACAUCAGCUUUCUAAGUGGGAGGAAGUUAUAUUGAAGAAAAAUGGCACAGAUGUCUCUGAUCCUUAUUAUUGAAAUGAUAUUUUGUAGCUGUUAAAGCAAAGAUUCAUGCACCAUAAAUUUAGAUUUGAAUACAUUUAUACAUUUUUUUAAAAGGUGAAUAAUUUAAUUGCCUGAAAGGUGCCUAGAAUGUAAUUUAAUGUAUACUGACGCUGCGAUUUUAAUUUUCAGUAUAAUUCCUAAUUGUAACUGUAAUUGUAAUGUUGGUUCUAACAAAUUUAUGCAGAUUGGGUUAUAAAUGUGCAUAGUGGGUUUAUAAUUAAUUUAUAUUUAAAGUACAUAGUACAUAUAUUCAUAAUACAAUUCUAAAUACUGUUUUAAAAAAAUGCUUGGCUCUGUCAAUAGGCCUAUUUCAUUGUCACCAGGACAUGUAAAAUCAGGCUGAAAACUGAUCAGUAGUGGGGAAAUGUUAGGAGUUAGUCAGUAUAUAUAGUUUGCAUUUAGUUUGACCUGUCCUCAAUCAACGCUUUUUAAGCUAUUAACUAGAGGGAAUAAAAAAAUAAAUAUUAAAUAUCUGUU